CUCUAAAUUAGGAAUUAAGAUGGCCGAAAUAAAAGGGAUUUUAAGUAGUUUAGUAGAAGAAAAUCUCUGCUCGGUAGUUUGUCAAAAGACGUACGAUGAUGUUGUUCGAGGUGUGUGAGGCAAAACAAGAAAGAGAUAGACGAAUGAAAAUGGCUGUUCUUAAAGCCGCCCCAUAAGAAAAUUGAACACAAAAUUGAAGUCUUCUUCUGAGAAUUGCUUUAUGCUUUUCCUUCCUUAUAAAGGUCCGUUAUAUAAAAUUUGAGUUGAUUGAUAAAUCUACUGACAUCCUCAUUUCUUAUUAGCCAGCAAGAAUUCAUCUUUGCUGCAUAUUUUCAUAUGAUUCUACAAAUUUGAGCAAUUGGGUUCAAUAUACAGUAGCCUUCAAGUGAAACUAAUUUGAUUUCAUAUGUUCUCCGUGGCAGUAGUGGCAGAGUAUCUGGUUGAUGUUUUGAUGUUAUUCUACUGUUUAAAGUAAUGGGGUUCUCAAAUAAGCUUAAAAGACAAGUUAUGUUGAUUUUAUUUACUUUUCUGAGUCAGUAAUAGCAUCCUAAUUACGCAGAGGCGGAUCCAAUAUUUGAACUUUAUGGGUUCGGGAACCCACUGAACCCACUGGCCAUUUGAGUUACUGGGUUCGAAAUUUGAUACUUGUACAUAUGUACAUCCGCCCCUACUAGUUGGUAUAUAUGUAAGUUGUGAUUAGGAAUGGCAACUCAGAUUUAUGUGAAAAGCCAGAGAAAUGGGUACUUGAGUUUGUGGGAUGCAGUGUUUAGUCUUCGUAUUCGGCGAAGGUUUUCUCUUUGGUCAAUGAAGAAAGAUCCAGAUCUUGAAGCUGCAUUACAUAGAAACCGUCGAUGGAUAGUGAAUAAUCAGAUUAAGAACAUUGUUAUGAGAUGUCCUAACCAGGUUGCAUCAGUAAAAUACCUGCAGAAGAAGUUCAAGACUCUUGAUCUUCAAGGCAAAGCUCUAAAUUGGCUAAAAAAGUAUCCUUGUUGCUUUGUAGUCUACCUUGAGAAUGAUGAAUACUAUUGUGGUCUGACUAAAAGAAUGAUGUUUUUGACUGAAGAGGAAGAAUCUGUUAAGGAUAUGCAGGAACCAAUAUAUGCUGAGCGAUUAACAAAGUUGUUGAUGAUGAGCCGUGAUCAAAGGAUGAAUGUUAUGAAACUUAACGAGUUGAGGAGGAAUUUUGGAUUUCCUGAUGAUUAUUUGCUCAGGAUUGUACCCAAGUACCCUCAAAUAUUUAGAGUUGUUAACCACACCGGGAGACGGAGUUCAAUGGAGAUUGAGCUCACAGCCUGGAACCCUGAUUUAGCUGUUUCUGCAAUCGAAAGAAUGGCUAAAAAGGAUGGUCGAGAGCCAGGUUUCCCGUGCUCUUUGCCUCCAACUUGGGUCAAAUCAUGGGAAAGAUUUGAAGAUUUUAAUUCUGCUCCAUAUAUUUCACCUUAUUUGGGACUUGAUGGUUUAGUGGAUGGUUCAAAGGAAAUGGACAAGAGAACAGUGGGGGUAGUGCAUGAAUUACUGUCAUUGACCUUGUGGAAAAAGGCAUCAAUUUUCAAAUUGGGCCAUUUUAGAAGGGAAUUAUGUUUACCAGAGAAAUUAAAUGUUUUUCUGCUCAAACAUCCUGGAAUAUUCUAUGUUUCUAACAGAUACCAGAUCUAUACAGUUCUCCUUAAGGAAGCAUAUAAUGGGUCAGAACUGAUCGAAAAGGACCCUCUUGUUGUUGUCAAGGAGAAGUUUGGAGAAUUAAUGCAGGAGGGACUCCAUGAAUAUAAUCGCAGACAUUAUCUAUUGAAUUUAGAAAAGAAGAGGAACAGAGGCAUGAUAACACCAAAGCCAGAGAAAAGGAGGAGCCAAAGCGACGAAACAUCAUCAGAACAAGAUAAGGAAGGAGGAGAUUUAGGUGGCAUAUUUGAUCCGGAAGAGAGGAAGCGAUUUUACAAAGUUCUGUUUGAUGACAAUGCUCCGUAAGCAACGGAAGUAAACAUAUCCAUAUUAGCAUCAGUGAUACAGGUUUAUCAGUAUUACAUGCAGAUCUUAUCAUGUCCAUAGGCAAUAGAGCCUUAGGGAGUUAUAUGUUGCUAUGAGAACCAAAAUUUAUAAAGUUAAAUUUCCUUUGCUUUUGCCAUAUAUACUGAUUAAUCUGGAUUAUUUAUGUUAUCUCCUUAUGUCUCUCCCUGUUUCCCUACCCAAGAAAGGCUUAGAGGAUGACCCAAAAUAAGCAGUUAACAUCAACUCCUUUCUUUCGUUCCUUUUUUUAAUUUGUUUUCGGAUAAAGAUUGGCCACUUCUGCUUGAUGAUAUAUAUCAGCAGAAUUCUGCUCAAUUUAUUUUGUACACCUGUCUUUUUGCUGUUGAAAGGUCAUGAGACUUGAGGACUGAAUUUUCUCAUCUCAGGAAACAGAGGGAUAAAGAGAUUAUGCCACUUACAUAGUUCAUUUCACACCAUCUUCAUAUGGAAUGUAUAAAUUGACAAUACAUGAAUAGAAUGGAAAGAGGAAAGAAGAUUGAACUGAUAAGGAGAUUGGUUAUAGCGCCUCCUGCCCAUUCCUAGCAAGAUUGCAUUUCCCGAUAAUCAUCCUUAGCGUUCUCCCGUUCCUCUGCCGGCGGGUGGGUUUUAGCUCUGGGCACUGGGAAAGAGGAACAAAUACGAUCACCUAGUGGAAAUCAUAUGUGCUCUAAACGAUUGGGAAUUCAUCUGAGAUAGAACCGCUGACAUUGAUGGCCAUUAAUGAAAGCCGUAUCCUCUUUUACCCAAAUUUACAGAGCCAUUGGCUAUAAGCUAUCCUUGGAUUAGAAUAUUCAUCACAUCUUGCUGCCACUGUUGAAGUAACAAAUAGAAUUCCAGAAAUGAGGUUUGGAUGCGACUGUUGGAUUUUGAUCUCCAGCCUCUCUUUCAAGAUGUUAAAAGAAGUAAUCUCCUCUGCCUAGUGCUAUAAACAUCAAGAGGAAUGCAUAAUUUAGAUUAUCUAGCCAGUGCUAUUCCAAUUGGAGAUGAUUGUUUUCGUUAGUAAGAGUUCAGUACAUGAUUUCUUAGCAGAGUCUAAACAGCUGUAUGUAGUCCAAUAUUUGACCAUAUGCCCUUUUUUUCUCUUGGAAACCUCCCCAUUUCAUUGUUAAAUUUAUCUUGAAUAUUUUACAUUGUGAUUAUGUUACCUAUCCUUAUCCUCCUAGUCCUGUACUUGAGCAAAUAAAGUUCUGUUCCCAUAUUGGAAAGAACUCUGUUCAAAAUGACAUUCCGAUAUAACCAAGUUUUGCUUCAUUUA